UGGCUCUGUGUCCUGCCAUUCUCGUCUCUGUGCUCAGAGCUCUCAAGCACCCACGAUGGCCUUCUCAGGCCGAGCGCGCCCCUGCGUUAUCCCAGAGAACAAAGAAAUCCCCCGAGCAGCCCUUAACAGUGUCCACGAGGCCAAUGGGACCGAGGACGAGAGGGCUGUUUCCAGACUGCAGCGCAGGCACAGUGAUGUGAAAGUCUACAAGGAGUUCUGUGACUUUUAUGCGAAAUUCAACAUGGCCAAUGCCCUGGCCAGCACCACUUGCGAGCACUGCAAGGGUGGCUUUGCGCCCGCUGAGAAGAUCGUGAACAGUAACGGGGAGCUGUACCAUGAGCAGUGUUCUGUGUGCGCUCAGUGCUUCCAGCAGUUCCCAGAAGGACUCUUCUAUGAGUUUGAAGGAAGAAAGUACUGUGAACAUGACUUUCAGAUGCUCUUUGCCCCUUGCUGUCAUCAGUGUGGUGAAUUCAUCAUUGGCCGAGUUAUCAAAGCCAUGAAUAACAGCUGGCAUCCCGAGUGCUUCCGCUGUGACCUCUGCCAGGAAGUUCUGGCAGAUAUCGGGUUUGUCAAGAAUGCUGGGAGACACCUGUGUCACCCCUGUCAUAAUCGUGAGAAAGCCAGAGGCCUUGGAAAAUACAUCCGCCAGAAAUGCCAUGCUAUCAUCGAUGAGCAGCCUCUGAUAUUCAAGAAUGACCCCUACCAUCCAGACCAUUUCAACUGUGCCAACUGCGGGAAGGAGCUGACUGCCGAUGCACGGGAGCUGAAAGGGGAGCUAUACUGCCUGCCAUGCCAUGAUAAAAUGGGGGUCUCCAUCUGUGGCGCUUGCCGACGGCCCAUUGAAGGGUGCAUGGUGAACGCCAUGGGCAAGCAGUGGCAUGUGGAGCAUUUUGUUUGUGCCAAGUGUGAGAAACCCUUUCUCAGACAUCGCCAUUGUGAGAGGAAAGGCCUGGCAUAUUGUGAAACUCACUAUAACCAGCUAUUUGGUGAUGUUUGCUUCCACUGCAAUCGUGUUAUAGAAGGUGAUGUGGUCUCUGCUCUUAAUAAGGCCUGGUGUGUGAACUGCUUUGCCUGUUCUACCUGCAACACUAAAUUAACACUCAAGAAUAAGUUUGUGGAGUUCGACAUGAAGCCAGUCUGUAAGAAAUGCUAUGAGAAAUUUCCAUUGGAGCUGAAGAAAAGACUUAAGAAACUAGCUGAGACCUUAGGAAGGAAGCAGGCGGCAACGCUCUCCAUGUAUCACUCGCCAGCCGUGCAGUCCUCACUCUCUUGCCCAGGAAGGGAAGUAUCACCAGCCUCAACUACUACUCCCCAUCCCCUGCAACUGCCAUUCUUUCUGACUUGUCUCUAGAAAAGGCCAUGUGACCUCUCCCUCAGGCUGACCCAUUGUCCCAGCCAGAAUGUCCAGCCAAAGCAGAAUAAAGCAUC